AUGGAACAUGAGCCAUUGCAUCCACCUAUAUCUCAAAAGAUACACUGGCAACUUGACCUCUCUUUCAGGCAUUUUAACUACACUACUCCAUUAAUCGAAAACAUUCGUGGCAAUGAUGCCUCAUCUGUUGUAAAGCCUAUGCCGGCAGCUUUUGUAGGAGCACCGAUGGAGAGCAGUAAAGCUUCUUUUAUAACAAAAAUGGUUCUACUUGAUGCUGCGAAGGCAGCAGUUGCCCCAUUUGAGCGAGUGAAGCUCUUGAUGCAAAACCAGAACGAUAUAAUCAAGUCGGGUCGGCUGCCUAAACCAUAUAAUGGAAUAUUUCAUUGCUUUGCUACAACUAUCAGACAUGAAGGCAUCUUUUCACUUUGGAGAGGCUACCCUGUAAUGGCCAUUGGAGAUGUUUUUUCUAAGGUAAUACGUUACAACAUCUUCGAAUAUGCCAGGACUCGUGAAGACAUCCACUGGACUUCGAUGCGAGUGCUAGAGUUAAAUUGUCUUGCUUUAUUUCCAACUCAAUUGCUUGUUCAACCAUUUUUAUAUGCCGCAACACGCAUGGCGACCGAUGUGAAGAUUACCGAUAACUCCGGGCAAAGACAGUUUAAUGGUAUAAUCGAUGCCUAUAGGAAAACCCUGAAAUCAUAUGGCAUUGUUGGUCUGUAUGUUGGAGUUUCAACACACUUUAACUGGGUAAAGUAA